GCAGCCGCAGACUCCUCAAUGCGUAUAGACACACCGAGCGGACGGCUUGCGCGACCACCUGCUGUCCAGCUGACGUGUAUUUUCGCAUUUGUGAAGUAUUUGUGUAUUUUUAGCUGAAAGUGAAGUGAACAUUAGUAAAAAUGGUGGAGAAUGAAACAAAAGACGCCGAAAGCCAGAAGACGGGCCAAGACCCGCUGGAACGAGCUAUCGGCGCCAUUGGCAAGUGGCAGAUAUGGGUCUGCUUCGUCGUGUUCCUCGUGAAGUUCCCCGUGGCCUGGCACCAGAUGAGCAUCAUCUUCCUCGCACCCCCGAUGAACUUCACCUGCGCAGAAGAAUCCAGCACCUUCGACAGCGUCUGCCACGCCAACUGCACCAGCUACAAAUACGACCACUCUGUCUUCAGAGAGACCAUCGUGUCGCAGUGGGAUCUAGUCUGCGGACGACAGUGGCUAAAAGAUCUUACGCAAACCUUCUUCAUGCUCGGCAUCCUUGUUGGCAACAUGGUCUUCGGCCAUCUAUCCGAUCGGUUCGGUCGACGAAUGCCGUUCCUAGCAGCAGUGUUCCUGCAGUUGAUAUCAGGCGUGGCGACCGCGUAUUCGGUGAACUGGUACAUGUUCACCGCGCUUCGCUUCAUGCUCGCCGUGGCCACUGGCGGCACCAUGGUCACCAGCUUCGUCCUGACCAUGGAACUCAUCGGCGCCAGAUACAGAGACACCGUGGGCAUCAUUUACCAGAUACCCUUCAACCUCGGACACCUGUCGCUGGCGGCGUUCGGCUACUACCUUAGAGAUUGGGAUAAAUUCCAACUGGCUAUCUCGCUGCCUUCGAUUAUAUUUCUGAGCUAUUAUUAUUUGUUGCCUGAGUCGCCGAGAUGGCUUAUCACUGCUGGAAGGACUGAUGAAGCCGUCAAGAUUAUGACAGUCGCUGCUAAAAGAAACGGUCGGCCAACAGAAAACAUCUCUUCAACCACCCAGAAGCUGAGCGUGGACGUGAGCAAGCCCGCGCACGUGUCGUUCCUGGCGCUGUUCGCGCACCCGCGCCUGCGCGUGCGCACGCUGGCCAUCUGCUUCAACUGGUUCGUGUGCGGGCUGUGCUUCUUCGGCGUGUCGCAGUACAUCGGACAUGUUGGCGGGAACAUCUUCACUAAUGUCGCUAUUUCUGCAGCUAUACAGGUCCCAGGCACUUUGAUCUCUAUCUACGCGAACAGAGUUCUCGGGCGGAAGAUAACGCUUAUCAGUUCCAACUGCAUCACAGGGCUAAGCUGCCUACUCAUCACCGUAGUCCCACACUCAGGGGCGAGCCACCUCUCGCUCGGCUGCAUCGGUCUCUGGGGCAUGAGCAUAUCAUUCUCCACUGUAUACUUGUACGCUGGAGAAAUAUUCCCCACAGUCGUCAGAAACUCCGGGGUAGGGUUGUCUUCGACUGUAGCCAGAGUAGGUUCCAUGGUCGCUCCAUUUGUAGCGACCCUGUCUUCAACCAGCCCGUGGUUGCCGCCUCUAGUUUUCGGUAUCACGCCGCUCAUUGGCGCUGGACUUUGCAUACUUUUACCUGAUACGAGGGGACGAAUAUUGCCUGACACGAUAGAAGAAGGUGAAGCGUGAGACCUAUAAUAAUUUAAUAUCGAUGAGUAUUAUAUUCAUUCGUGCCUUUUAUUUAUUAUGAUAAUAUAAUUUUUGUUAAUCGUUUAGUGACGUUCUCAUAAAUAAGAGGCUUAUAUUAUACGAAAGUAAUACAAGGUUGUAUUAAUGAAGAAGUUGUAAAUGGCAGGCUGAUAAGUUGAUAGCAGCCAG